GGGGGCAGAAUCAGAGGUGUUGUCGACAAUGCGUUAUCUCGCUUUCUUCUUAGUUCGAAUAGGGGAGUAAGGAGGUGUUAGAAGUGUGCUGAUGGCGUUUUAGGCGUUUUCCCCUCUACUUACCCCCAUUUCCUUCAGAAUUUCAACCCACCCCCGUCACUACCAUCGCAAGAUACUAGGAAGUUUUUACUCGGCUUAAGUGUUGGAUGAGAAAACUUUUGUGGACAAAUUGUGUGCCCCGGUGUAAGACGAAAUCUCCUCCGCAGUUUUGGUGCAGUGUUCACACUUGCCUGACGUCGAGAUGGACGGUAAUUAAGCCUUCGAUAAGUGUAAUUAAGAACGAUGUAUAAUAUUUAUUACUUUAUCGUAAUUUGUGGAUAUUUUCGAUGUUCGCUCAUUACCAGUGAAGAACGCUUAAAAUUAUCUAAGGUCUCUCUCGUUUGACGUGACGUGGAGAAAACCAAGUUUCUUGUAUCGCCAAUCGCAACAAGAGAUGGUGGUGUUUUGCUGUGUAAAGUGACUUCAAUGCAAGUAAUUUACAUUUAAAUAUGCGCUGAUCGACGUCUUCUAACAGUUUAAUACGUGUUACGCGUUUUAAUCUUUGAAACUUAAUAUCAGCUGCUUUAAUAAAGAAAUGUGACAACGGAUGGAAGUGAUGGCGUCGAUUUGCGGGAAUUCUGCGGAUGAAGAAUUCAACGUGUUUAUAUCAUCAUUUACAGAUGAUGACGAAGACGAUGAUUCUUGCAGCAAUGAAACAGAAGACGAUGAUGUCCGAAUACCUGCAGAUCAGCGCCGACAGGGAUCGCCGACGUCAUCAGCGAGCCAUAAUGAUGGACAGCAGAAUGCUAACCACGUGUCGUCUUCGAUAAACACUAGAAAAUUUUCGAUAGCGAGUAUUUUGGGGACGGAAGGCGAGGGUCAGAGCGACUCUGGGCAUCAGAACAAACGAGGGCGAGAUGACGGAGCAACGUUCGUACGACCGACGCCCGUCUCGGCCGUGAUGGGUCCUCCGCCCCUCAACAUGGCGCUGUGUCCCAGCGCCGUCUUUGCACAUCAAGCUUCGUACACGAAUUCCGCCACGGGAAUGAUGCUGGAGAUGAUAUCGCCAAAUUCCGUCGCUUGCAGUAGCGAGCACCUCAGCUCCUCUUUGCCCUACCCGGCGUCUCUGGCGUCGGCCUCUGCAGCGUCGCUGUUGUACGGCGGAUGGUUUACCGCGUCGGCCGCGAACAAGGCGCCAAGUCAGCUGUUUGGACUUCAAGCGCCAAAACCCGUUGGGAGGAGAACGAGAAAACCUGGAAUUGACAGGAAGCCAAGGCAAGCCUACAGCGCGAAGCAGCUAGAAAGACUGGAGGCCGAAUUCAAGGUUGAUAAAUACCUCAGCGUAAGCAAGCGGAUGGAGCUGUCCAAAGCACUGAACCUAACGGAAGUGCAGAUUAAGACAUGGUUUCAAAAUCGACGAACAAAAUGGAAGAAACAACUAACGUCUCGCCUUAAAAUCGCACAGAGGCAGGGGCUGUUUCCCCCGCACUACUUUCCCUCCGUGCAACAAUACUCGGCUCUCUUUGCUCCGUAUUACGCGGCUCCGCCAUUGGGAUGUGUCUAUCCGGCGUCCACGCUAGAUGGAUCCAGCGUCUCGUCACAGGCAACAUCACCUGCAAGUAGUAGCGGUGCUACAUCACAGAUGGCACCAUCAUCCUCAUCGAGAAAUUCUACAAACAUAUGAGACAGUCAACUUUAUACGUAAAACUGUAUUCAAGCUGUGAUGAUCGAUAUCUGCUGAGUUUUUAUCUCGAUUUGUGUUGCCAUGUGUCGGAUUUCUUGUGCCAAAGUCGAUAUUGGAGCUCUCUGUAACUAUUCGCUUGGAUCUGAGUAGAUUAUGAUUACCAAAGUUUGAUCUCUGUAAAACGAAUCGUUCCAGAUAAAGUGUGAUGAACAAUUUUGUUGUUGAAUAAUUAC